AUGCCAAACAGGACAAUUAGUUCAGUCGGCGGCGGUAACGAUGGCGGCGGCGCUGGCGGCGCUGGCGACACCGGCACCUGGAUCCCUCCCGAGUUGCGCAAAUACAUCCCAAACACUCCCGCCCGCCCAUUCGACAAAGCUGUUUCCAAGCACCAGAGGCAGCAGCAGGAACAGCCCGAGUGGCAGUGUCCCAAGCCUGGAUGCCGCUUGACUUUCCGCAGUGAGGCCGACCUGACAAAACAUCAGAAGCUCAUGAGCCAUUGGCGAUGCUUCGAGUGCCUCACCGACUUUCCCGAUGAGGAGGCUCUUUCCACCCAUUUCCAACUGACCCACCGACAGACCCAAGACCUGAAGUGUCCGGGCUGUGCAGAGACCUUCACGGCUGCUUCGCACUUGGUUGGACACAUUGAAAACAACCGGUGCCCUCGCAUGUUCCCUUCCAUGCUUCAUGAGCGUCGACAGAAGCUGGCUACCUUCAACCAUGGCCUACGUCAACUGAAUCCCAUGAGUCGAGGCUUUGGCCUGGGCGAGGGGAUGUCGCACCUGAAUCUGAAUGAGAAACAUCCUCCACAGCAGAUGCCCGACGAAGCCACUUUGGCCUCUCAGGAGUCCUACACUCAACAGUAUCCUGAGCUCGGCAAGGAACUGAAGGAUUACCGCAAUGGCUACCCUGCUGUACCGGACCUGUUGACUGGCGAGCCUCGCACGAAGCUGACCAUCCCACCUGCUGUCAAGAUCGAGAAUCGGUGGGAGAAGGGCAAGGACCAAAAGCUCUUUCCUCAAGCUACUCCUGCCGUCCGCCCUUCGCCUCAGGAGCUCGAGGAUCUCACGGCAGCUACUCCAUCAACUCAAGACAUCGAUCCCAAUGAGAGAGUCAUCAAUCCGGAUGACGAUCGUUUCAACCCUGCUGUCUUCUAUCACGAAAUUCUGCGCAAGUUUAACUGUGCCUAUGCACCAAAGUGCAAAGCUAAAUUCCAGACAUCCGGGGCCUUGAUCGCCCAUCUCAGAUCGCAAGCUCACAGGUCUACCGUCGAAUUCACGUGCCCCCGAUGCCUACGCAAGUACAAGUCUAUGGCCGCGGCCAUGGCUCAUGUUGAGAACGCCACGCGAGUCUGCAACAUCCGCGAGACAGAAGACUUUCGCAAGUUUGUCAGUCACAUUACAGGUGGCAUGUUAGACGGACUGAACAGCUCGAGGGAUCGUUUAACCGAUGGAACACCGCGUUACAUCAUCCCGAAGGCAUUCUACGAUAGCCUCCCUCCCUCACACAAGAAUGCGUAA